AUGCACACCUCGCCAAUCCUGGCCACCGCCGCGCUCGCGCUCGCCGCUUCCCACGCGGCUGCCCAGCCCACGAAACCGCCGGUAGCCGCCGCCUCUCCGCUGCCAGCGUCGCCGCCUCCGCUGCCGCCGCCGCCGCCGCUGUCGCCACCUUUCACCUGCGCGGACCUCGCGCGGCGCACUCCCGUCCCGAAUGGCAAGCACUGCCGGUUGGCGCCGGCGGACAGCUGCCACGACUUCUACCACGACAAGGGGGGCGGACGCUUCCAUAUGUGCGUGUACGACGGGGGCGCGGAUUGCGAGCCACUCCACGAGGUCUCCCGCUGUCUCCCCCCGCCGUCUGCCCCACCAUCGCCCAUCUUCUGGAGGUACGCCACCAACUGGACAACGGGAGGCGACGUGUGCCGCUGGUGGGGCGUGACGUGCUCGAAAGAGGUGGCGGCGAGCGGCGGCGGCGAGGUGAUCGGACUCAACCUGCAAGGCAACCGGCUCGAAGGCCCGCGGCGCCAAGAAUCAUCACCACAAUCCCACACUCGCCAAGACUCCUCGCCAAUAUGCACCCUUCCGGCGCUGCUCACCUCGUCUCUCACGCUGCUCCAGAAGAUCGAGCUCGAAAAGACGCGCAUCUCGGGCACGGUUCUCGAUCUCGAUCGCUCCGCUCUGUCGGGCACGCUUCCGCCGGAGCUGGGCGAGGCCGCUCGUGUCGGCUCGCAGUUCAAGAAGAAGAUGUCGUCCUUCGCCGACACGUGCGCCCGCUACUCUACCCUCCCUCUCACCUCAGGCCACCUCGCGAAGGACGGCCGGUCUGUCGACCUUGACAGCCACGACCCGCACGAGGCGGUGCGCGCGUACCCGUCGGCGCCGCCCCCUUCUCCGCUGAACAUGUCCGUGUGGGACCGGCUCGCGGCCGACGCGUGGGAGAGCGCGCAUCCGAUCGCGCGGCUCGCCGGCACCUCCGCCCGCACGGAUGCCCCCUCGCCUCGGCGCGCGCUGAAGGACUGA